CACAGAUUUAUUUUCAUAUCACCCAUCGAAACCCAUUUUCAUCCGAAACUCAUUUCACCGAAAUCCAGAUUCAUCCAUCGACCAUCUUAUCACACAACUCAUUUCACCGAUAUCCAGAUUCAUCCAUCAAUCAACUCAUCGCAUGCCUUCUCUCAUCACACAAUUCAUUUCACUGAAACCCUUCUCUCAUCGCAAAACUCAUUCGCUCAUUUCAGAUGAAGAAACCAGACUAAUUGGACGACAUAUGAUGUGAGUUUGGCAAAUGACAGUUGGCCAACCGACCUUUUCAGUAUCACCAGCGGUACCACUUCAAAGACAUGGGAAAAGCUUGAUUCUGAGUAAUUUUAACGGAUUGAGAUUAGCGGUGAUCGGACCCACCACCACCAUAAACCGUUUCCCUCAUCCGAACUGAAGGAUCACAGUAUCAAUCAAUGGCCGUGGUUGCUUCUGCUCUUAAAAAAGUGCUAGUCAAUGGCAGUUAUCUUGUUUUGGAGAGACCCAAUGCAGCACUUGUUCUUAGUACUAAUGCUCGUUUUUACGCUAUUGUUAAAACUAUAUAUGCCGAAACUAGACCUGACGCUUGGGCCUGGGCUUGGGCUGAUGUUAGAUUAACUUCUCAACUAUCUAGAGAUGCUUUGCAUAAAUUAGCACUAAAAAAUAUUACUAUCCUAACUGUUUCUUCAAGUGAAACAAGGAACCCUUUUGUGGAAUAUGCAGUGCAAUACUCUAUGGAUGCUGCUUAUGCAACGUUUGACCAGAAGAAAAAGGACCUGUUACACAAACUACUUUUACAACGUCUUGACAUUACAAUUUUGGGUUCCAAUGAUUUAUAUUCUUAUAGGAACGAGAUUGAGAGGCGUGGACUCCCUUUGACACCAGAAUCAUUGGCAAACCUUCCACCUUUUGCCUCUAUUUCCUUUAAUACCGGUGACGCUAAUAAUGGAAAUUCUAAGUCUGAAGUUGCUAAAACUGGGUUGGGCUCAUCUGCAGCCAUGACAAUAGCUGUAGUUGCUGCUUUACUUCAUUACCUUGGCGUUGUAAAGAUUUCCUCUUCAAAAGAUCAUACACUAGUAAAAAUGUUGGCUGCAAUAGUAGCUUAUGUGAGCAGCCGGCACUUUGUUCUUCAUCUGGUGGCACUUGUCCAUAUCAAGUUCAAUAUCUAUCAGAAACUACUUCAACUUCUGGUUUAUUGGUGGAAGAUGUGUUGCAUCUAAUCACCGAUCAUGGUGAUCAAACUAAAUAGGCUAACCUGCUAGUUACUUUCGGUUUAGGUUGCAUAUAUAGAUCUUUUCAACGUGUAUGCUGAUAUUUGUCCACCACCACCAGAACAACAAGCAUAUAUGUUGGCUAAAGAGGGGAGGGUCCUGAUUGGCAAGACUUUGCGGGGAUUAUAUGCUUACUGGUUCUAAGAGAUGGUCAGUGCAAGAAGAUGACGCGGCUAUUUUAGUACUUGGUGAUAUAAUAAGCAUAAAGCUAAGAGAUAUCAUUCCAGCCGAUGCUCGCUUGCUCCAAGGAGAUCCUCUCAAAAUUGACCAGGCAAGUCUUCAAUUCUUAAGCUGCAAUAAACUGUAAAUAACUAAAAAAAAUCAAGAUGAGUAUUCAUAUGAUGUUCUAGUUUUGUUCUGUGCAAUCAGCCGUUUUUUUUGUUUUAAAUAUGUAGAAAAAAAGUUUGCUUUGUUAGCCUAACUUAAUGUCAUUGGGAAAUAUAGGCGUGUGGGAAAUUUUUGGAUGAUGGGUAAGUUAUUAGAAAUUAUUAUUAGUUUGGCCUUAUUGAAUAUUAAACAAAGGCUUUCCCACUAAUGCAAAAACUACUUUUUACAUGGGGCGAAAAGUACUUUUUAUAUCAGGCUCAGGCUCGAUGUAAAGCCAGGCGAUGUAAUAAGUCUGGAACAUUUUACAUCGGUUCAAGGCCCGAUGUGAAAAAUUAACAUACUACAUUGGUUGAAUCAGAUGUCUGAUGUGAAAAAUAAUAUAAUUUUUUUAUUAAAGAAAUAUGCGCCAUAUUUUACAUCGAUUUUCAUCUACACCCGAUGUAAUAAAUUGUCUUUACAUCAGUUUUCAGCUUUGCCUGAUGUAAUUGACCUGCUUUUAAGCAUAUAAUGGCUGUUUUUUUCUUAUUUUUUUCUAUUUUAAUCUGUAAUUUAUUUUGUACCUAAUUUUCCAUAUAAGAUUCAAAUACCACACAGACCAAAGUUAGGUUGCUAUUUUGCAUAUUUUUCCCACAGCACACAAACCACAUUUAAUUGCACCAAAUAGCUAAGAUGCAUAUAUAUUCGUCAAAAUAUACAAAAUAUUAAUCUAGGAUACACAAGUGUACAAAAUGAUAAGAAAGGUUUACACACGGUUUACUACUACAAAAUAAUAACAUACCAAAUAUUCAACCAUUUAAGUCCUUUCGCGCACUUGAAAAACCAACAUGCAUCCACGAUAAACAUAAAGUUAUUCUUUAUAUAACUCAAAAAAACAUUUUGCCCAACGGAGUCGCAAAUCAUACAAAUCUUCUUGUGUCAAUUUUGUAGGAUCAUUAAAUACCUACAAUACGUAAAUAACAAUAUAGAGUUAUUCUUUGAAAAUUCACAUAAAGUUGGAAAACGCAAAGUAAAUAACAAAUUAAAGUUAUUUUAUUACUUGUAUCUAAGAUUCAAUUAUAUUGGCAGAGACAAUAUCCAACAUAUUUUUCAUCACAUAGUAUCCACAAUCAUUAGAGUUAUGUUGUUUCCUUGUCUAAAAAUGAAAGACAUAAUUAGUGAAUAAUUAUCAUAAAAUUAAAUAUAGAAUUAUAAUUUACAUCACACUUACAUUAGGCGUAAGCCAUGUAAUAGCUUUUUUUUCUAUUUCCAUUUGCAACAAAUUGUUGAACCUCAA